AUGAUUUCAAUAAUUUAUCUUUUUUUUCUUGUAUCAUCUGUUAAAACAUCUGAUUAUUCAUUAAUAAUUAAUGAAAAAUCUUCAAUUGAUAAACCUAUUUUUACUUUUCCAUAUUCAUAUGAAUUAAUAAAUAAUUUUCAAUCAAAUUUUAAUUUAACAAAUAAUAAUACAAAAUUAAUUUUAACAAAAAUUAUUGAUCGUGAUUAUUGGUGUAUAGAAAAUAUUUGUUCAUGUGAUUAUUGUUCAUUUAUACUUGAAUUAUUUUCAAAUUAUAAUCAAAUACCAAAAUUUUCAACAAUUAAUAUAACAAUAAAUGAUAUUAAUGAUCAUACAUGUCAAUUUUUUGAUAUACAAACAAAUAUUUUAUUAUCAGAAUCAAUUCAAAUAGGUCAUCGAUUUCCUAUAACACGUGCUAUUGAUUAUGAUUCAGGAAUUAAUGGAAAAUUAUCAUUUAAACUUCUUAAUAAUGAAGAUUAUUUUCAAUUAGAUAUAAUACCAUUAUCAAUGAAUGAAUAUGCUAUUUAUGGUAUUGUUAAACAAUUACUUGAUAGAGAAAUAAAUGAAAAAUAUGAAUUAAUUAUCGAAGGACGUGAUCAUGGACUUUCACAAGCAAAAAUUAAUCGUACAAAAAUUGCAAUUGAAAUUUUAGAUGAAAAUGAUAAUGCACCAAAAUUUAGUCAAAUUGAAUAUUCAAUUCAUAGACCCAUUCUAAGCUCGUCCUAUUAUCAGUUUUCAUUUGAUUGUAUUAUUUAUUGA